AUGGCGCCCAAAGAGCCCAAAGAGCCUAUGAGGCUGCUAGUGGCAGUAGACUUUGGAACUACGUUUUCAGGCGUUGCCUACUUACAGACCUUAAAUCAUCAAAGGCAAACUGUCAUACAGGACUGGGGCGAAGCCGGAGGGGAGGGUGAGAAAGUCCCAACAAUACUGAAGUAUGAUCCUGGACAAUUCAGCCCACCUAGAUUUGGGUUCAACAUCGACGACGAUGAAGAUGGCAAGAUCGAAUGGUUCAAAUUGGGCCUGUAUCCUAAUGUUGAGGAGACAAGCCUAGCGAAGAAGUAUCCCAUCAAGACGCCAAAAAUGAGCGACUCCGAGUGCCAAAGACAUGUUGUAAACUAUCUCACGGCUCUCAGAGAACAUACAGAUACAUAUUUCAAAGACCGUUUCAGCGAGGCAUUCUGGCGGAACACCCCCAGAGAAUACAUCAUUACUGUGCCAGCAAUUUGGCAAGACAAGUCAAAAGACACAACUCUCGUCUGUGCCGAAAAGGCUGGUAUGGGGGCAAGAAACAACAUUCAGAUUGUGGCAGAGCCGGAAGCUGCAGGCAUUUAUGCAUUGCAGAGCAUGGAGAAUAUGAAUCUCAAGGUUAAUGACACAUUUGUCAUCUGCGACGCGGGAGGAGGAACAAUUGACCUCGUGUCAUAUACUGUGAAUUCGUUAAAGCCAAUUCCAGUGAUUGGAGAGGUAGUAGUUGGGUCUGGAGCGUUGUGCGGUGGCACCUUCCUCGAUCGUAUAUUCGCGGACUAUUUGACCAAAAAGUUCCACGAUUACGGUCCGUGGGAUGACGAAUACCAGGCUGCUGCUCUGAAGACAUUUGAAAAAGACAUCAAGAGAAAGUUUGCUGGGGACACCAAUCGAACCUACACAAUUCGAGUCAGACGACUUCCUGACAAUUCUGCCCUUGGUAUCAGGAGUGGUUUUCUCGAGAUUCCAGGCAAAGACAUCAAAAAAGUCUUUGAACCCGUUGUGAAGGAAAUCGUGAAGCGUGUCAAGUCGCAGAUACAAGCAACCGUCAACACUGGCAAAAGUGUGAAAGCGGUUCUGCUUGCCGGGGGCUUUGGACGAAAUGAAUAUCUUCGGUCCAGAUUGAGAGAUGAGCUAGGUGAUGGUGUUGAUGUGCGCAAAGUCGAAAAUAGCAAUACCUCCAUUGUUAGGGGUGCUCUGAUUUACGGCUUGGCCAAGAAGGUCCCAAGGCUUGCCACCUUUCUUGUUGAUACGAAUAUUGCACGCAGGAAUUACGGAGAGCUGAGACAAAUUCCCACGCCUGAUUAUCCUGUGAUUCUAGUCCUAGGGACUUCUGGUCGAAUUUCUGGAACUCGAUGUUGGCUUCCCCUGACGAAUAAAUACGACCCAAGAAAAACUACGACGACAAAAGACGAUGUUACGGGUGAAACACGAGUCGAUGGAGCACCGGUGAAGGAAUCAAGUCCUCCCGAACACUUUACCUUCUGCGUAGACCAACCAGUUGACGAGGGACCCCUCCAACCUGCCAACCUCGACAUCUACGUGUGCGAAGACAAAGAAAAUAUUGGAUCACCGGACUACCCGGGACAUAGGGCUAGCGUAUCCAUGAAGCUCAGGGCAGAUUUCAGCCACAUACCUACUGUGAGAUUGAAUAAGGUGCGAGGCACAGAUAUGCGGCUCUACUACAAAGAAUAUUUCAUAGUUGAGAUGACCUUGAGAUCGGCAAGCCUUCACUUUGCUCUCAUUCACGAUGGGGUCAGGUACGAAACUAUUCAGGUAGAGUUUUUGUAG